AUGUAUCAUAACAGACUUUCUGGCUGUGGAAUCUCAGAGAGUCACUGUGAAGUCGUGGCCUCAGCUCUGAAGUCCAACACCUGCCACCUGAGAGAGCUGCACCUGAGUGACAACUACCUGCAGGAUUCAGGAGUGAAGCAGCUGUGUGCUGGACUGGAGAGUCCAAACUGUAGACUGGAGACUCUGAGAUUGAGUUGGUGCACUUUGUCAGAGAUCAGCUGUGAUUCUCUGGCCUCAGCUCUGAGAUCCAACCCCUCCCAUCUGAGAGAGCUGAAGCUGAGCUAUAACAACCUGCAGGAUUCAGGAGUGAAGCUGCUGUGUGAUUUUCUGGAGAAUCCACACUGUAGACUGGAGACUCUGAGAUUGAGGUCCUGCAGUUUGUCAGAGAUCAGCUGUAUUUCUCUGGCCUCAGCUCUGCAGUCCAACCCCUCCCAUCUGAGAGAGCUGCAGCUGAGUAAAAACAACCUACAGGAUUCAGGAGUGAAACUGCUGUGUGAUUUUCUGGAGAGUCCACAUUGUAGACUGGAGAGUCUGAGGAUGAAUAACUGUCUGUGGCUUCAUCUGAGCAGAUUGAGUUCCUGCAGGUUGUCAGAGAUCAGCUGUGUUUCUCAGGCCUCAGCUCUUAAUGCCAACCCCUCCCAUCUGAGGGAGUUGGAGCUGAGAGGAAACAACCUACAGGAUUCAGGUGUGAAGCUGCUGGGUGAUCUUUUGGAGAGUCCACACUAUAGACUGGAGACUCUGAGAAACUGAUCUCUGUCAGUAUGAGUGAUGUGGUGGUGAGGUGGAUGUGGUGAGAGAAUCAGCUGCAUCCUGAUGAUCCAGAGAGGUUGAAGCAGCUGCAUCAGAGACUCUGACUGAACCAUGUUACUGGGAGAAAGACGGGGAGGCUGACUGGGCCAUGUACUGUAACUGGGAGGUAGAGUGGAGAGACUCUGACUGGGCCAUGUUACUGGGAGGUAGAGUGGAGAGACUCUGACUGGGCCAUGUUACUGAGAGGUAGAGUGGAGAUGACUCUGACUGGGCCAUGUUACUGAGAGGUAGAGUGGAGAUGACUCUGACUGGGCCAUGUUACUGAGAGGUAGAGUGGAGAGACUCUGACUGGGCCAUGUUACUGAUAGGUAGAGUGGAGAUGACUCUGACUGGCCAUGUUACUGAGAGGUAGUGGAGAUGACUCUGACUGGGCCAUGUUACUGAUAGGUAGAGUGGAGAGCUUCAUCCAACACUGACUGACAGAAGAAUCCCAAGUGGACAUGAUUCUCAGUGCUGCAGUCUCAGACAACCAAAACCAGAAUGAUGUGAUCAGAAGGGGGGGUCUUGCAAAGGUAUUAUCAUCUUUUUGAGUCUAAACACCUCAAAACUAUAUCUUUAAUAAAUGUGAAAAGACAACUGUUGACUUUUUUUUAUUUGAGCUCUUGCUUUUGGUUUUAUAUGAACCAGUUUGGUUGAGACACAGUUUGUAAAAUGCUAUGUAAAAGUUAAAUUUUGUACCAGAAAACAGUGGGAUAAUUGAAGAAGUGGGAUGAUUGAUUUAUUAUAAAAUUCUCAGCAAAUAAUCAAUAUGUGAAGAGUUAAUUUCUUUCUAAUCCAGUGAAUAGUCCUCCUUCAUGAGAUGUCCUAUAGGUCAACUCAAAGCAAUGAUUAUUGCAUUCUGCUUCAAAACUUCUUUCUAAAGGAAGCACAGUGUCAGAGGGUCACAAGACUCCCAUGCAAUCGAACAUAUCCCAACAUUCUGCACAACCUAUCUUCGUGAAAGUGGCGACUCAGCUCUGGUCCACCUGAAGACUAAGUACAGGAACAGAGUAAACAUUAAACACAACGUUAGAGUUACUUUGUCAACGAUCACCCAUGACUUUGAGACUCUUAUGAACAACAAAAAACAUUCUGUGGAAGUUAGGCUGUGCUUACAGCUUUCCAGUUGAGAGUGAAUUAUAUCAGUUACACUGUUUUCCUUGAGUAUCUCAA